AUGGCUGAGAUUGGUGGUCACCCACCAAAUCCUCUUCCUGCUGCCACAGGAACAGAGCUGUGGCAGGGCCUGGGGACCCAGAUUGACUAUAUUGACCCAGAAACCCUGGGUGGUGUGGAUACCGUUGUUAAGAUCCCCCCACACUUGCUGAGGGAGAAGUGCCUGCUGCCUCUCCAGUUGGCUUUGGAAUCCAAGAACGUGAAGCUGGCCCAACAUGCCUUGGCAGGGAUACAGAAGCUCCUGUCAGAGGAGAGGUUCGUGUCCAUGGAAACGGACUCCGAUGAGAAGCAGCUGCUCAAUCAGAUCCUGAACGCUGUGAAGGUGACGCCUGCGCUCCACGAAGACCUGCAGGUGGAAGUCAUGAAGGUUUUACUCUGCAUAACCUACACCCCGACCUUUGACCUGAAUGGGAGCGCGGUGCUGAAGAUUGCAGAGGUGUGCAUUGAGACAUACAUGUGUAGCUGUCACCAGCGCAGUAUAAACACUGCUGUGCGGGCAACUCUCAGUCAAAUGCUGAGUGACUUGACUUUACAGUUACGACAGAGGCAGGAGAACACGAUAAUUGAAAAUCCGGAUGUCCCACAGGAAUUCAGGAGUCAAGGGUCGACGGUUGAGUCCCUCUGUGACGACCUUGUCUCUGUGCUCACUGUUCUGUGUGAGAAGCUACAGGCCGCCAUCAAUGACAGUCAGCAGCUGCAGCUUCUGUACCUGGAGUGCAUUCUGUCCGUGCUCAGUGGCUCCUCCUCCUCCAUGCACCUGCACAGAGGCUUCACAGACCUGAUCUGGAAAAACCUUUGCCCUGCUCUCAUCGUGAUCCUGGGGAAUCCAGUUCAUGACAAGACCAUCACGUCUGCUCACAGCGGCAGCACGAGUGCCAGCAUCGAGUCAGACUCCGCAUCUCCUGGAGUUUCCGACCAUGGCCGGGGCUCGGGCUGUUCCUCCACCGCGCCAGCCCUGAGCGGGCCCGUGGCUCGGACUAUCUACUACAUUGCAGCUGAGCUGGUCCGGCUGGUGGGGGCGGUGGACUCCAUGAAGCCUGUGCUCCAGUCCCUCUAUCACCGCGUGCUACUUUAUCCCCCACCCCAGCACCGGGUGGAAGCCAUCAAAAUCAUGAAAGAGCUACUUGGGAGCCCACAGCGUCUCUGUGAUUUGGCAGGACCCAGCUCCACUGAACCAGAAUCCAGAAAAAGAUCAAUUUCAAAAAGAAAGUCUCAUCUGGAUCUUCUCAAACUCAUCAUGGAUGGCGUGACGGAAGCGUGCAUCAAGGGUGGCGUGGAAGCAUGCUACGCUGCUGUGUCCUGUGUCUGCACCUUGCUCGGGGCCUUGGACGAGCUCAGCCGGGGCAAGGGCUUGAGCGAAGGGCAGGUGCAGCUGCUGCUCCUGCGUCUUGAGGAGCUGAAGGAUGGGUCUGAGUCCAGCCGAGACUCCGUGGAGAUCAACGAGGCUGACUUCCGCUGGCAGCGGCGAGUCCUGUCCUCAGAGCACACGCCCUGGGAGGCGGGGAAUGAGAGGAGCCCUGACAUCAGCAUUAGUGUAACCACCGACACGGGCCAGACCACUCUGGAGGGAGAGUUGGGUCAGACUACACCCGAGGACCACCCUGAACACCACAAGAACGGGCUCAAGUCGCCAGCUGUCCAGAAGAGCAAGGAGGCCCUGACUAAGGCGUCAGAACCGGAAGCAGUGGACCAGCCUGAUGUGGUGCAGGGAAGCCACACAGUUGCGUACCCCGACAUCACCAACUUCCUGUCGGUGGACUGCAGGAUGAGGUCCUGCGGGUCUCGGUACAGCGAGAGCAACUUCAGCGUCGAGGACCAAGACCUUUCCAGGACAGAGUUUGACUCCUGUGACCAGUACUCGAUGGCAGCAGAAAAGGACUCAGGGCGGUCUGACGUGUCAGACAUUGGGUCAGACAACUGUUCACUGGCUGACGAAGAGCAGACCCCGAGAGACUGCCUGGGCCACAGGUCCCUGCGAACCGCUGCUCUGUCUCUCAAACUGCUGAAGAACCAGGAAGCUGACCAGCAGAGCGCUAGGCUGUUUGUGCAGUCCCUGGAGAGCCUCCUGCCUCACCUGCUGGCUCUGCCCAGUGUGCGGGAGGUGGACUCCGCCCUCCAGAACUUCGCCUCCACUUUCUGCUCAGGCUUGAUGCACUCUCCCAGACUGGAUGGGAGCAGCAGCCUUGGCCUGCAGAUGCUGAUGAAUGCGGACAGCCUGUACACGGCCGCGCACUGUGCUCUGCUCCUCAACCUGAAGCUCUCCAACGGCGACUACUACCGAAAGCGGCCCUCCCUGGCACCAGGCAUGAUGAAAGAGUUCCUGAAGCAGUUCCAGACCAGCGGGGCACUGAUGGUCUUCUCCCAGGCCUGGAUUGAGGAACUCUACCAGCAGGUGCUCGACAGAAACAUGCUGGGAGAAGCUGGCUACUGGGGCAGCCCUGAGGAUAACAGCCUUCCCCUCAUCACCAUGUUGACCGAUAUUGAUGGCUUAGAGAGCAGUGCGAUUGGGGGCCAGCUGAUGGCCUCGGCUUCUGCAGAGUCUCCUUUCACCCAGGCGCGGAGAAUCGAUGACCCCACCGUGGCAGGUGUGGCGUUUGCUCGCUAUAUUCUGGUCGGCUGCUGGAAGAACCUGAUCGAUACUUUGUCAACCCCCCUGACUGGCCGAAUGGCAGGGAGCUCCAAAGGCCUGGCCUUCAUCCUGGGAGCGGAAGGCAUCAAAGAGCAGAACCACAAAGAGCGCGACGCGAUCUGCAUGAGCCUUGACGGGCUGCGGAAAGCCUCACGGCUGAGCUGUGCGCUAGGAGUUGCAGCUAACUGUGCCUCAGCCCUUGCCCAGAUGGCAGCGGCCUCCUGUGUCCAGGAGGAGAAGGAGGAAAAGGAAGCCCAGGAACCCAGUGACGCCAUAGCACAAGUGAAACUCAAAGUGGAGCAGAAGCUGGAGCAGAUCGGGAAGCUGCAGGGGGUAUGGCUGCACACAGCCCACGUCUUGUGCAUGGACGCCAUCCUCAGUGUGGGCCUGGAGAUGGGAAGCCACAACCCCGACUGCUGGCCGCACGUGUUCAGGGUCUGUGAGUACGUGGGCAUGCUGGAGCACACCCACUUCAGCGACGGCACCUCUCAGCCCCCCCUGACCAUCAGCCAGCCCCAGAAGGCACCUGGGGGCUCUGAGCUCCUUGGGGCCCCGCAAUGUGAGGGCGCCUCCCUGGAGCAGAGCCUGGAGCAGGAGAGCUCGCUGAGCACGACCCCAGUCAUCCAGCCUCUGUCCAUCCAAGAGCUCAUCAGGGAAGGCAGCCGGGGCCGGGCCUCUGACUUCCGCGGCGGAAGCCUCAUGACCGGGAGCAGUGCCGCCAAGGUCGUGCUCACGCUGUCCACCCAGGCCGACAGGCUCUUUGAAGACGCUACGGAUAAGUUAAACCUAAUGGCUUUGGGAGGUUUUCUUUACCAGCUGAAGAAAGCAUCACAGGCACAGCUUUUCCAUUCUGUCACAGAUACAGUUGAUUACUCUCUGGCAAUGCCAGGAGAAAUUAAAUCCACCCAAGACCAAAAAAGUGCCCUCCACCUGUUCCGCCUCGGGGAUGCCAUGCUGAGGAUUGUGCGGAGCAAAUUGCGGCCCCUGCUCCACGUGAUGCGCUGCUGGGGCCUUGUGGCCCCGCACCUGGUGGAGGCUGCCUGCCAUAAGGAAAGACAUGUGUCUCAGAAGGCUGUUUCCUUCAUCCAUGAUAUACUGACAGAGGUUCUCACUGACUGGAAUGAGCCACCUCAUUUUCACUUUAAUGAAGCACUCUUCCGACCUUUUGAGCGUAUUAUGCAGCUGGAGCUGUGUGAUGAGGAUGUCCAAGACCAGGUCGUCACGUCCAUCGGUGAGCUGGUUGAAGUGUGUUCCACCCAAAUCCAGUCGGGGUGGAGGCCCUUGUUCAGUGCCCUGGAAACAGUGCACAGCGGGGACAAGUCUGAGGUGAAGGAGUACCUGGUUGGUGACUACUCCAUGGGAAAAGGCCAGGCUCCAGUGUUUGAUGUAUUUGAAGCUUUUCUCAGCACCGACAACAUCCAGGUCUUUGCGAAUGCAGCUACUAGUUACAUCAUGUGCCUUAUGAAGUUUGUCAAAGGACUGGGGGAGGUGGACUGUAAGGAGAUUGGAGACUGUGUCCCAGGACCAGGAGCCACGUCCCCAGACCUGUGCCUCCCUGCCCUGGAUUACCUCAGGCGCUGUUCUCAGUUAUUGGCCAAAAUCUACAAAAUGCCCAUAAAGCCAAUAUUCCUUAGUGGGCGACUUGCUAGCUUGCCUCGAAGACUUCAGGAGCAGUCAGCCAGCAGUGAGGAUGGAAUUGAGUCAAUCUUGUCUGAUUUUGAUGACGACACUGGUCUAAUAGAAGUCUGGAUCAUCCUGCUGGAGCAGCUAACGGCAGCCGUGUCCAACUGUCCACGUCAGCACCAACCGCCAACCCUGGACUUACUCUUUGAGCUGUUGAGAGAUGUUACCAAAACACCUGGACCAGGGUUCGGUAUCUAUGCAGUUGUUCAUCUUCUCCUCCCUGUGAUGUCCCUCUGGCUCCGUCGUAGCCAUAAAGACCAUUCGUACUGGGAUGCAGCCUCUGCUAACUUCAAGCAUGCCAUUGGUCUGUCCUGUGAGCUGGUGGUGGAGCACAUUCAAAGCUUUAUACACUCAGACAUCAGGUACGAGGCCGUGAUCAACACUAUGCUGAAGGACCUCUUUGAGUUGCUGGUGGCGUGCGUGGCCAAGCCCACGGAAACCAUCUCCAGGGUGGGCUGCUCCUGUAUCCGGUACGUCCUUGUGACGGCGGGCCCCGUGCUCACGGAGGAGAUGUGGAGGCUUGCCUGCUGUGCGCUGCAGGAUGCCUUCUCCGCCACGCUCAAGCCAGUGAAGGAUCUGCUGGGCUGCUUCCACAGCGGCACCGAGAGUUUCAGUGGGGAAGGCUGCCAGGUGAGAGUGGCAGCCCCCUCCACCUCCCCCAGUGCCGAGGCCGAGUACUGGCGCAUCCGAGCCAUGGCUCAGCAGGUCUUUAUGUUGGACACGCAGUGCUCACCAAAGACUCCCAACAACUUGGAUCAUGCCCAGUCCUGUCAGCUCAUUAUCGAGCUGCCUCCUGACGAGAAGCCAAGCGGACACACCAAGAAGAGUGUUUCCUUCAGGGAGAUCGUGGUGAGCUUGCUGUCUCACCAAGUGUUACUGCAGAACUUGUACGACAUCUUGUUAGAAGAGUUUGUCACACGCCCCUCUCCUGGGGAGGAGAAGACGAUCCAGGUGCCGGAAGCCAGGCUGGCCGGCUUCCUCAGAUACAUCUCCAUGCAGAACCUGGCGGUCAUAUUUGACCUGCUGCUGGACUCGUACCGGACGGCCAGGGAGUUCGACACCAGCCCUGGGCUGAAAUGCCUGCUGAAGAAAGUGUCCGGCAUCGGGGGUGCCGCCAACCUGUACCGCCAGUCUGCAAUGAGCUUUAACAUUUACUUCCACGCUCUGGUCUGCGCUGUCCUCACCAAUCAAGAAGCCAUCACUGCCGAGCAAGUGAAGAAGGUUCUUUUUGAAGAUGAUGAGAGAAGCACAGACUCGUCCCAGCAGUGUUCAUCAGAAGAUGAAGACAUCUUUGAGGAGACUGCCCAGGUGAGCCCCCCAAGAGGCAAGGAGAAGAGGCAGUGGAGGGCUCGAAUGCCCUCUUUGAGUGUCCAGCCCAUCAGCAAUGCAGACUGGGUGUGGCUGGUCAAGAGGCUGCAUAAGCUGUGCAUGGAACUCUGCAAUAACUAUAUCCAGAUGCACUUAGACCUGGAGAACAGCAUGGAGGAUGUUCCCACCUUCAAGAGCGACCCCUUCUUUACCCUGCCCUCUUUCCAGUCCGAGUCAUCCACUCCAUCAACCGGGGGGUUCUCGGGGAAAGAUACGCCUUCUGAGGAUGACCGAAGUCAGAUACGGGAUCACACAGGUGGGUCUCUGAGCCUGAGGGGGGCCAGUGGGGAGCUGCCGCCACUGCCCCCCCCCAAAGGGGAGAAGAAGGAUCACAGCCGGAAGAAAGAGUGGUGGGAGAAUGCGGGCAACAGGAUCUACACCAUGGCGGCCGACAAAACCAUUUCAAAAUUGAUGACUGAAUACAAAAGGAGGAAACAGCAGCAUAACCUGCCCCCCUUCCCCAAAGAGGGCAAGGUGGAGAAGAAGGGAGAGGCCCUGGGUCCGCGGGGCCCAGACUCCCCACUGCUGCAGCGUCCCCAGCACCUGACAGACCAAGGGCAGGUGCGACAUUCCCUCAGUGCCGGCCCCGAGCUGCUGCGACAGAAGAGGCCGCGCUCGGGCUCCACUGGGAGCUCCCUGAGUGUCUCUGCCAGGGACGCGGAAGCCCAGAUCCAGGCAUGGACCAACAUGGUGCUAACAGUUCUCAACCAGAUUCAGAUCCUUCCAGACCAGACCUUCACAGCCCUCCAGCCAGCAGUGUUCCCGUGCAUCAGCCAGCUGACCUGCCACGUGACUGACAUCCGAGUCCGCCAGGCUGUGAGAGAGUGGCUUGGCAGAGUGGGCCGAGUCUAUGACAUCAUUGUGUAGAAGACUCACGUCCGUUCCCAAGGAGAUACAGGAGCGAGGGUUAGAGUAUAGAGCAUGCCUGCCAGUCCAACUGAUCACGU